ACAUCCUGCACACCUCCCCCUCUAGUAUUACUUUUGUGAAACAGAGGAACUAUUACAACCUCAUCUUUGAAACAGACAAGCGCAAUGGAUGUGAUCACUAAAGAGGGUGCGCUUUACUUACAAGGAGUCAAGUUUGGGAAGAAGGUAUGGAGGAAAACUUGGUUGAUUUUAUUUGACCCCAGCGCUCCUGGGACUGGUCGAAUAGAGUUGUAUGACACGCGUGAGGCAAGGGGACUUUUGGGGUCUGGCACUUCGAGACCUGCCGGACUCAAGAAGACGGAUAAACGGAUGAUUCGCCUUUCGGACUGUCUGAGCAUUACCCCGGCCCCAGAUGAAAGCUGUCCUGUUGAUUGCUCCGCCUUCUUUUUAAACACCAUCUCGCGCACCUACACCUUCGCUGCACCCACCAAAGAGGGCUGGAUGUCGGCUCUGUGCCAGCUGGCAUUCCAGAGGAGGGAUGAAGAUACAGGGGAAUCCCAGAGAGAUAAAUGCAUGCCUCUGGCUGACAAUGAACUGUAUUCCAGCUGGGGUGCAGGCCAGUUCCAGGUAAAGGUACAGAGCACAGAUGCGUCUCAGAGGUGCGGGUUGUCUGGCUCAUACCUGCUUUCUGUUAAGAAAGAUGUUAUUUCCUUGCUGGAUCUCAAGACGGGACAGGCCAUCCACAGCUGGUCCUAUAGGGUUCUCAGGAGAUUUGGCCAGGUCAAGGGAGGGAUUGCAUUUGAGGUCGGUCGUCAGUGUCACACGGGGGCGGGUCAUUUUAUUUUUUUGUCCAAUCAGAGUUCACACAUUCACAAGACCAUUGAAGAGGCCUUCAUGCACCACAGCGUCCAGGAACUGUUGGCAGAAGCCUCUGCUCCUCCACAAGAGCCUGCGCCCCAGCCGCCCCCGCCUAAUAAGAUAACACAGGACAGAUCUAAAGUGAAUAAGCUUCCUCCAAUCAAAACUAACCAGAACAGACCGUGCCAGGCAGUGCCACGCAAAAAAGGGCAAAGAAUACAUAAAGCCAUUGAAGAUGCUCUCACAAACCAAAGUGCCGCAAACCUGCCGGCACCAUCCACUACUCAUAAAAAAGAUCCUCUACCUCCACCACCCUCAGCCAAACCCAGAACACAAGACAGACGUAAGGACAAACCUAUGGUAACUUAUCAUCCACCGAAACAGGAAAGACUAUGCCCACCGGUAAUGCAGACACAAACGCAACUGACGAACAGCUCAGAUGAAAAUGCUCACAUAUACAGCAAUGUCCAAGAACCUCAGGCACAAUCCGACCCUCGUUCCCUACCCUGUGUGCCCGUUUCAAGAAGAAAGUUCUCCUUGCCAGCUGUUCCUUGUAUCAAUACCCCUCUGAACUGCCAAGGUGAUGUCUUGUAUGCCAGCAUAAACCCAACACCAAGAUCAAAUACGAAUCUCCCGAAGGUUCCAACACCUCCUAGUCCAACAGCACACUUUAGAGUUUACACCAAUGAGGAUACAGAUGUAAGAAUUGAUCAAAAGGAACCAUCCGAGAACAAAGAUGAGGACAAUCCCUACAUGAACUGGAUGGUUAAGACCAAUGCCGAACAGGACCAACCUCAUACUGAUGUUAUAUACAGCACUGUGAAUUACGCAGCAAAGGUUAAGAAUAAAAAUGCUGAUAUUGAUGGUCAAGAGCGUUUUAACGUCGACCAGCAGUCUUCUGUUAUCAAUUCCACCAUUGACUUUGAAAUCCCUGUCGACUUUAAACAGACUCUGUCCAACAUCUUGUUGAAAGAGCAGUGUAAAAAACCAUCAUCAUAUCCUGGCAGGUCACUUGGAGGAAGUUCUGAUGGCUUAGAUAGAAAAGACGAUGAGAUGACUCAUUAAAUUUUUUUGUUUUUUAAACUUGUGGCCAGGGUGUUGCUUAAAUACACAGGGACACAUUUUUAUAGUACCUAAGAAUGAUUAAAAUGGUGUUCCUGUAGCUUAGUUUGUUGUGUUAACAAUGCAAAGGUCGUUGGCUCAAUUCCAAUGAUCACACAUACUGAUAAAAUAUAUAGCACAUAAGUCGCUUGGUAUAAAAGUCUGCCAAAUGAAAAUGUAUACAUGCAAAAAUGUUUAAAAAUAUAUUAUAAAACAUACUGGGUUAUUUUCAACCCAGCACUGGGUCAAAAAGAGAAGAGGCCAGCCCCCUGGGUUGUAAUUUGAUUUGUUGGGUCAAAUAUUAAAGUUUUCUGGAUUAAUUUUAACCCAGCUGCUGGGCUCCUCCCUUUUUGACCCAACGCUGGGUUGAAAAUAACCCAACAUUAAAAUGUAUACACUAAAAUAUGCUGGGUUAUUUUCAACCCAAAGCUGGAUCAAAAAGAGACAAACCCAGUCGUUAGGUCAUAAUGACCCAGAAAAUAUUUAUAUUUGACCCAACAACCCAGUAUUUUGUGUUAAAACAACUCAGCAUAGGUUAAAUUAAAACCCAACAGGUUGGGUUCAUCCCUUUUGCCCCAACACUAGGUUGAAUAUAUAUAUAGUUAUAGUUAUAUAUAUAGUUAUAUAGUUUAAAAAAAUCAGGGCUCUGAUUUUUUAUGUAAAUAAUGUGCGUAUUUGUAAGUGUAUGUUCCAACACUUUCAGCAAAUCAGAUA